GGGUUUUGUGAAGGUGGUCGUUAGUAGAGCUGUCUGCUUAUGACAGUAUCCGUUGAGAAAGCUUGCACUGUAAGUGUGGCCUGCUAGUCUGGCCUGCCUAGACUAGCAUAGCUAUUUGUGGGUCAGUCCAACUGUAAAGUGUAGAUUUUAUUAAGGAAUAAAAUGAUGAUGAUGAUUAUAAGUGAUUUUUAAUGGAACUACAUGAAAUACAGUGUAUCUUUCAUUGCUCAGAACACUUGUAGGUACAUGUACUUUCAACUUAACUGUACUGAAUUGAUUCAAUUUUUUUUUCUUCUCACAGAUCCAAUUUAGUAGGAACAAGGUUUACCGUGUUCAACAAUGGUGUUAAUCCCAAAAAAGGUGGUGUUAUGUCUGAUGGUUCAAAUAUUAGAGAGGAAGUAGCAGCUAUUAUUUAUGAUACAAAUGUACUUGGGUUCAAAGGGCCUCGCAGAAUGACAGUUAUUCUUCCAGGAAUGGGGCUUGAUCAACAGAGGAUACCCAUGCGACCCCUCACGGACGGUGAUGGGUUAUUGGAAAGAUACAAGAACAAGAGGAUGGAGAAUCUUUUGGAACUUCAUAACAAAACUCCAGUGUGGAAUGAUGAUACACAAUCAUAUGUUUUAAACUUUCAUGGAAGAGUGACACAAGCUUCAGUUAAAAAUUUUCAGAUUGUAAUGGAUGCUGAUGGUGAGUGACUUAAUUCAAAGUUAGUACUAGUUCAGAUUUGUACAUGUAUUAUGAUUUUAAUUUAUUGCAGGGCCAUUCCUGUCUUUAACAGUUGCCCAACACUCAUGCACCAAACACAUGCAUCAAGCAGUAACUGAAGAGUCGCUAGUUAACCCCUAAGUACUGUACAUUGCUUGCUUAAAACAUGUAUUUCAUUGACAUUCCUGUACUGUGCACAUACCUGUCAUAAACAGAACUAGAGAAGCCUCCCUUACGGAAAUGAUCAAACAAGUAAAGCAAGUACAUGCAUAAAAGAACUGAUUAUCUGUCAACUGUUUUUGAAAUUUAUGAUCCAAGUAGUCUGCAGGACAGCCUGCUUUGUGGGCAGAGAACCAACCACAGUGCACCAGCAGGAAAUCAGAGCAUGAGAAAAUAGCUAUUUUUUGUUGAUCCUUUUUUGUGCUCCGGACUCACCCUUUGCACUUGCAUUUCAUGCUUCAUGUAUUGCAUUUCUAAACCACAUGUUUGGCAGGCUGUGAUCAAUCUGAGUCACUUAAUUUCUAAGAAUGAAGCUAGUAUAGUCAGAUCUAGAAUUCUACUAGUAUACUAAUGCAAACACUGCAAUCUGAUUGGCUGAGCUACUUGUACACUAUCAGCCAUAAGAGUGCAGUGGCUGUCAGUCGUCUACGAAAUUGUGACUUUCUUUUGUAUUCCCAAAGCUUUGGAGAAACAUUAAGAUGCAAAUGAAUAAUAAAAUUCCUGAGAAGACUAAAACAAGGACAUUUACAGUUUCUUGACUUUAAAAACUUGAAAUUAUUGAAAAACGGGUGCACACGCAUAGAAAACCGCAAAUUCCCAAUGACAGUUCAGUCCGUGCGAUUUUUUUAAAGUGUAAAGUUUAAUAAUACUUUGAAAAAUAAUUGGAAAUCUUUAUUUGCAUUCAUUUCAGUUAGAUUUCUACUAAAACAAUUAGAUUAUUCGCUCUCGAUUUCUAUGAGGUGAUAGUUGAUUCGGCCUUUGGCCUCAUUAACUAUCACCUAAAGGAAAUCUCGAACUCAUAAUCUAACUGUUAAAUAGUACUGUGAGUUGUAAUCGUUCAUGGAUUAACAAGCCAUGCAAUUUCUGUUCAGCACUGCAUCUUGCAUGAAGCUACAGG